ACUUUUCUGAUUUUAAUCAGCUACAGGUAUUAUAUAGUUUUGGUCGCAGUGUUUGGAAAUGUCGGCGGAUUUCGAUGUUGACGCGAUCCAGGAAGCGGAAAUUGAAUCCGUUACAGAAGACGUCCCAGAUCUGAAUUUUCCGGAGCCGAUUGUUAUCCGAGGAUGUGGGAAUGUCACUGUUUUUGGCUUGAGCAACAAAUUCGAUGACGAGUUUCCUCCUGCGCUUAGUGGAAAGGUUGCACCAGAAGAGUUCAAAGGAACAAUGUCUCGAUUGAACUCAGUGUUGAAGAAAACCCUUCCCAUCAACGUAAAAUGGCUAUUUUGUGGAUGUCUUUGUUGCUGUUGCACGCUUGGUUGUUCAUUGUGGCCGGUUAUUUGCUUGAGCAAACGGACGAAAAGUUUGCUGGAAAAGGCGAUCGAAUGGGAAAACACGAAUUUGUAUCGAAAGCUGGGGCUCAGAAUGAAGCUGGAUAAGCAGCGUUGCCCGAGCAAUGGAAACCUGAUGGAAUAUGUGAUACUGAUCCAGUUCGUACCAAAACUUUCCAUUCAUCGCCCGGAUUGAAUGAUUGGACUGUGUGAUCUACGAUGUGCGAUUGCUAGUCUGUCAGGGUCUUUCAGCUUCUCCUCUCGUAGCUGAAUGUUGUGUUAUGUUUUUUUUAAUUAAUGGAUGUGUGAAUUUUGUCGUGAAUCUCCACCAGAAACAAGGAAUGUUUUUUUGUUGUUAUGCAAACUGUUCAAAAUUUUUGAAGACCGCUUGCGUUUCACUUUUGAUUUUACGGAACGUCAUUCAUUGAUUAGUGGACUUGGG